AUGGCUGUCCCAGGACGUGAAGUCGACUUAUCUACGCUGGCCCGCCAUCUCGUCCAACACGGACCCCAUAAGACGCUUCCCACUGAGCGACGCGUGAGAAUCCUAAUCAACGGCGCUUGCAUCGCAGACACACUCAACACAACAGGAGCCUUGUUCGUCUGGGAACACCCCUACUAUCCCCAGCUUUACUUUCCUAAAACUGCUUUGGUGGAACAUGUCCAAGGCUAUGAUAUUACAUACGAAGAUGAUCAAGAUGUCAAGGAUACUCAUGGACAGGUCAUUGCAAAGACUCUCAAGGUCAAAGUAACGCGUAACUCAGACAACUACAUGAAAGAGGUAAAAGACGGGUUUAUGAUUUUCAGCAACGAUCUUCCUGGAAAAGCAAGUCCCCUGAGUGAUAUGCUCAAAGUUCAUUUCAGCGCUGCAGACCAAUGGCUCGAAGAAGACACCCCAAUUUUCGUACACCCAAAAGACCCUUUCAAACGCAUUGACAUCUUACACUCGACACGAGGCAUAAAAGUCUCUCUCAAAGGCGCCCAAAUCGCACAAAGCGAGUCUUGCAUGCAGCUCUACGAGACCGGUCUGCCAGUCCGCUAUUACAUACCCUUGACCGCCAUCAACACCUCCUUUCUGCGGCCCAGCAAGACAACAACACAGUGUCCAUAUAAGGGCGAGGCUGAGUACUAUGAUGUAGUCGUUGAUGGCAAGACCCACAAAGAUAUCGUGUGGUUCUAUACUCGACCAACAAUUGAGUGUGCCACAAUCGCUGGUUUAUGUUGUUUCUACAACGAAAAAGUGGAUAUGAUGAUCAAGAACGGGAAUGAGUGGCAGAAGCUAGAUCGCGCAAACUCCAUCUUUAGUUAG